GGAUAUUCCCGUCCUCACAGCCUCCGAUCUGAUUGGAUUGGCCACCGCCAUGUUCUGCUCUCCCUUCUCUACAUCGAACACUUAACUUAUUACACUGUACAUCACUGUGAUGUUGACGUUUCCCUCCCAGAGCUUGAGAUACAAAAAAUUACCGUCCCAAUUGAUUCUUCGAUUCAGAUCUGGACUUACGGUUGACUGAUCUUCCGUUUCUAAUCUCAAGUCUGUACCGUACUCUAUCUAAUACAUCCGUUUCAAUUGCGCCGCGGUCAGAGAUGACUUCCAGAAUUGCAAAACACGGCUCUUUCAGGCAUAGUUUUGCUGAGAAAAAGGAGAGGCUGUUGUCUAUGAAGGGCGGGUAUUCCCAGAUAAAAAUCAAUGUACACGAACCUGACGGAGAAGAGACUCCGACGAGGUGUUGCUGCUCCUAUCGCGCUUUCUCCGAUGGGAUUGCCAGCUGCUGGAAGACAGUACGGGGCGUUGCUAUUAAGGCUUGGGAGAUGGGCCGGUCUGAUCACAGGAAGGUCAUCUUCGCUGCCAAAAUGGGUCUUGCCUUGAUGCUUAUUUCCCUCUUAAUUUUCUUGAAAGAGCCCUUCGAGGGGAUGAGCCGCUAUUCCGUUUGGGCUAUACUUACUGUCGUGGUUGUCUUUGAGUUCAGUAUAGGGGCAACCCUUAGCAAAGGGUUUAACAGAGGAUUGGGGACUUUGUCAGCUGGAGGACUAGCUUUUGGAACGGCAGAGUUAUCAGCAUUAGCUGGACCAUGGGAAGAAUUUAUAAUUAUUAUCAGUAUCUUCACUGCAGGAUUUUGUGCCACCUAUGCGAAGCUGUAUCCAACAUUGAAACCUUACGAAUAUGGGUUCCGUGUGUUCUUGAUCACAUACUGUUUCAUUACUGUAUCUGGAUAUCACACCGGGGAAUUUAUUCAAACAGCUAUAAGUAGGUUUUUGCUGAUUGCCCUCGGCGCUGGUGUUUCCUUGGGGGUAAAUAUGUGCAUAUAUCCAAUCUGGGCUGGCGAGGAUCUGCAUAAUCUGGUGGCCAAAAAUUUCUUUGGUGUUGCAACAUCUCUGGAAGGAGUUGUGAAGCACUACCUUAAUUGUAUUGAAUACGAGAGGGUUCCUUCAAAAAUUCUGACUUACCAGGCGGCUGCUGAUGACCCAGUUUAUAGUGGCUACAGAUCAGCUGUUGAAUCUACAAGCCAAGAGGAUGCAUUGAUGGGGUUUGCUGUCUGGGAGCCACCGCAUGGUCAUUACAAGAUGCUUAGAUAUCCAUGGAAAAAUUAUGUGAAAGUUAGUGGAGCACUAAGGCACUGUGCGUUUAUGGUUAUGGCUUUGCAUGGAUGUAUAUUUUCUGAAAUACAGGCUCCAGCUGAGAAAAGACAAGUUUUCUUCAGUGAGCUUCAGAGGGUGGGUAGUGAAGGGGCCAAAGUGUUACGCGAACUUGGAAACAAAGUUGAAAAUAUGGAGAAACUAGGUCAGGCAGACAUUCUGUAUGAAGUGCAUGAGGCGGCAGAAGAAUUGCAGAUGAAGAUUGACAAAAAAUCUUACCUUCUCGUGAAUUCAGAGAGCUGGGAAAUUGGGAACCGGCCAAGAGAAGAGGGUGAUCCCCAAGACCUAUUGGAUGUGGAUGAAGAAAGGAAGUUUCUGGAGUAUAAGUCUCUCAGUGAAGCUGUGCUUGAUCUCAGAUCAGUUCAAGUUGCAGAAAGUUGGGAUGGCCACAUUGUUCCUAAUGGUAACUCUGCUCUGCCUCCUGCAGUUGUUACCACUGAAACUAUGUGCAGGAAGCAGAAAUCUUGGCCUGCUCGUAUAUCCUUUAGAAAAGAUGUAGUGACCAAAAAGGAAGAAUCAACCACAUAUGAAAGUGCGAGUUCACUGUCUUUAGCUACUUUCACUUCCCUUCUGAUUGAAUUUGUUGCAAGGCUACAGAACCUUGUUGACUCAUUUGAUGAAUUGAGUGAGAAAGCAAACUUCAAGGACCCGCUCAAGCAGCAACCGCCAGUUGCAUCUGGUGGGUUUUGGUCCAGAUUGUGCAAUUGCAUGAGAUUUAAAGACUAAGAAACGUUGACAACACACUAAUCCUCACUUGCGGCUUCUAAAUGUAGGACCUUCAAAAAAUGGUAUCUAAUAUUUUGUUACCAGCAAUGUUCCCACAUUGAAGAUAUGUUCCAUGAUCCUUAGGUGUUUGCGUUGUAUUUACUCGGUUAAAGCUUCAAAAUCAAAUGACCUGAGCGAAUCUAUAGCCAAAAAGCGAAAUUGGGACAAGAACAUAUAGAAAUUCGAUGAUAUAUGUUUGUUUAGGCCUUCAGAGCUUGUUCUCCUCAAUCUUAGCUCUGUUUAAGGAUGAACAAUCCACAGCUGUUUUUAAAUCAGAUCAGACAGCUAGCUGCCUCGUGCUUAUUUCUGUAGUUAGAAAAUUGCAACUAAUUUCGGGGAAAAAAAUUGUAACUGGCUAUAUAUUUUUCAUUAGUUAAACCUCUUGUGCAGUCGGAAUCUGAUAAGAACUUGCUUUAAACUUUAUUUAUUAUCAAUAGUAGAAGAAGAGUGCCGUUCCUUUUGAA